GUUUUGUUUUCAAUUUUUGGUUAUGGUUCAUUUAAUUUGGGUGUUUGUAUUUUCCGGUGAUUACAAUUUACAAUGAAUCGUGCCAAUAAUAACUGAUAACAAGUUGAACAGUAGAUAUUACUUUUUAUUAUUCAAUUCAGUUUUUUGCAUCAGCAUUUUUAAUCUGCAUUGUACAAGGACUCUGAAUCCUAAAAUCAAAUAACACUUGUGACUUGCUAGAAAAAAGUUACUUGAGGUUUUCAUUAAAUUAUAGUUUCUUUAAUAGAUUUCUACAAAGCAAUAAAACAUGACAAAUUCAGAAGAGAUUUUCCUCUCGAUUAGUUAUAAUGAUAUAGAUAAUAUUAUGCUCGCGACCGGUUUAUUUUUAUUUGUUAUAUUUAUUUGUUAUUUUGCAACACACAAAAUCCGUCCAUCGAUAAGGGACACAUUGAUGAACAAACAUGUGCUGGUGACUGGAGGAUCAUGUGGUAUUGGAAGAAGUAUAGCACUACUAGCCGCAUCUAAUGGGGCAAAUGUCACAAUUUUGGCGAGAGAUAAAUCACGAUUGGCAUCUGUCAAACAGGAGAUGAUCAGUGCUUGUAACCAGCAGAAUAAUGGAGAACAAAUUUUACAAGACAUAUCGUUGGACGUAACAGGACCCUAUGAAGCUGUAGAAAAAGCAAUAAGGAGCGCAGAGGAGAAGGCAGGCCCUGUACACAUGCUGGUCACUUGCGCUGGAACUUCCAUCUGCAGUCGAUUUGAAGAUACACCCAUGGAACAAUUCGAGAGAAUGGUAAAGCUGAACCUGUUGGGCUCAGUUGGGCCGGCCAAAGCAGUGACGCGAGGCAUGAAGGCGCGCGGCGACGGCUACAUUGUGUUCACUGCAUCACUGGCGGCCAUGUUCGGCAUCUACGGAUAUAGUGCCUACAGUGCUUCCAAGUUCGCCAUCAGAGGUGUGGCUGAAGCUCUCCACAUGGAGGUGAAACCGUACGGUGUGGGUGUGACAGUGGCUCCCCCGGACACGGACACUCCCGGAUUCGCAGAGGAGGAGAAGGGCAAACUGGAGGAGACACGCCUCAUUUCCCAGGCGGGUGGCCUUGUCUCCCCCGAUGUGGUCGCCGAACAGAUUCUUACCGAUGCUAUUAUUGGGAAGUUUUUCAGUACAGUUAGUUUCGAAAGUCUUGUAGUGGCCACAAGUUGUGUUGGGAUGAGUCCGAGCUACUCUUCAUUUGAACUCGCUUGGCAGUUAAUAUUAAUGGGUCCUCUGCGGGUAGUCUCAGCUUGCUUGUUAUUUUACUUCAAUUACCUCGUGGAAACAUGUAUGAAGAAACGAGACAAAAGGAAAAGAAGCGAAUAAAUUGAGAAAAUAAGUGGACCGAGAUGAGAAAGUAUGAAUAAAAGGUUGAUGAAAUUUGAAAACAAAAAUAUGAUGAUUUUGAGAUUCAACAGAUCGCACAAGGGAGCGAACCAAAGGACCGUGAUCAUGCAGACUGUAUUCUACCUGUCUGUAAUUCCACUGGAGAAGUUAAACCAUUUCUAAGUAUUAUAUUUAUGAUUUGAAACAAAGGUAUUAUUUUUAUUUUAUUUUAUAAUAUAAGCUACGAACAAUUCCACCGGUUUGUAAUUCCUUUGGAAAAAUUAAACCCUUUUUAAGUAUUAUAUUCGAUUUUCAGUGGUAUUAUUAUUAGUUUGCUUUAAAAUAUAAGCUAGGAAAAGUAGAGCAUCGUAGCCGUAGGAGUUUGUUUUCUAUAUUUCUAUGUGUGCCAAUUAUUGGAAUAAUAUUGCUUUGAAUAACCAAA